GCGGGGCAGGGCAAGCUGGUUGUCAAGGUUCCGAGGGCUUUCAUUCAGUUUCCCACCAGUGUGGGACAGCGCUGUGGAUCAGUCCCUACUGCAUGCCAUGCCUCCACUGCACUUUGGCGCACGAAGGCUUCUCUUCACGUGGCAACUUUUGUGGCUGCUAGCCCCAGCUAUUUCCAUUCCAGAGUUCACUGGAAAUCCAGUCCAGUUGACUUCAAAGCCGUGGGUGCCAACCAAGCUCUGGUCUUGGCACCCUUCUGAUCAUCCACCUAGAGCCGCACAUACUCGAAUAUCCAAGACAGACACAGGGGACGUUGAUCACCUGGGGUCCUCUGUUUCCACAGAGAUGCUGUCCCCACUUGAGGAGUUGACUGACAGUUUGCUUCCGUUCCAGGACCCUAGUACUCUUCAGGAGCUGAACCCAGCAUCUGAGGAGCUCAUUUCCCAUCAGGACCUGACUGACAAGCUGAUACCAACUGGGAAGCAGCCAGGGAAUAUGUUAAUGCUAAGUGGGGAUCAAAAUCAGGCUCCCACCCUGUCUUCAGAGUUCAAAAGUACUGCCAGUCUAUUUGGGGAUGCAGCAAAAACGUUCAUUGUUUCACCCAAGGAGUUGAAGAAAGGUCUAGCUCAGCACAAAAAACUUGCUAAAGUGGUUGUUGGAAAACCUCAGUUUCAGAAACCAAUUAUGGAUGAUUAUUAUGAAGACCUGACUAUGAAUGAACCUCAUUCUUAUAACCUUCCUCUGCAAUCCCAGGGGAAUGCAGACGAAGUUCCCGAGCUCUUAGAGCAGGUUGAACUUGACCAGAUGGAGACACAAACUCAAAAUCCAGAGAACCUCCAGCAGGAAGCUCCAGAUUAUUUCCCACAGUCUCCUGAGGAAGAUGAAACUUUAAAUAAAAAAGAAGACCCAGUUCACCAUCAACUCUAUUAUGCUUUGCCCACUAUUACAGGUAAGCCUGUAGAUACACAACUUAAAAUUACUUCUGAGCCUAUAAAGGAGGUUGAGUCAUCUUCAUAUGAGGAGGAGACUCCAACUCAGACUCCAGGUCCUCUUGUUGGAGCUGAACUUUUUCUUAGCCAGCAGCAGCAGCAGCCAGGUGAACCUUCUGAGACUCCUGAGGAAGGUGAAUCUUCUGGAAUUGAUCUGGAGUCUUCAAUUCAGCCUCAGGAGGAUUCAGAGGAGGUAGGCCCCUUACCAACUCAGCAAGAAGAUCUAUCUCAACAUUUAGGCCCUGUUUUGGAGGAUGAAUCUUCUCUCAGUGAGCUAGAGCAACCAAUUCAACUUUCUGAGUCUCCUGAGGUGGUAGGAUCCGAUUCUGAAAACCAACCAGAAGCCUCAGUUCAGCCUACAGUGUUCCCUGUAGUCGAGCAAGAGGCUCCAUUUGGAGCUCCAGAAUCCCCUAUUGAGACUGUAGUUGAAACUUCACCAAUUCCUGAAAUCCAGCCAACUCAAAAUGAAAAUUACCAGUAUCACUUGCCAAAUGUUACAGUUAUACCUGUGGAUGUGACACUUACUAUAACUUUGGGGCCUAUAAAGGAGGUUGACUCUUUUCUGGCCCAGCAGGAGUUCCCAGUGCAUGCUAUAGAGUAUUCUAAUGAUAUUGAACCUUUUCUUAAAGAGGAAGAACCUCCAGCUCAGACUUCUGAGACUCCUGGGGAGAGUCAAUUUGAAAGCCAGCUGGAGGUACCAGUUCAAGCCUCAGAGUAUGAUGAAGAGCUUAAAAGUUCUGCAACUGAACAACUAGCUCAAUUUCCAGAGAAUCAUGGAGUGACAAUUUUGCCCUCAAAUCUCUAUCAGACUCGGCAUUCUAGCUUGUCAGAUGUGACUGGUCAACCUUCAGAUCUGGCUAUUACCAUAACAGAAAACCCCAUAGAGAUGGGAACUUCUGUCUAUCAUGAUGCUGCUGCAACGCCUGAAGAGGUCGAAUUCUUGAAAACUCAACAGGGUGUUCUAUCUCAAUCCCUAGAACCUAUUCUGUAUGACAAACCUUUAAGCCAGCAGGAAGACAUAACUGGAAUAUCACAGAUCUCUGAGGAAGGAGAACCCUUUCCAGACCAGCAGGAGACUCCAGAACAUAGUCUAGAGCUACCUACUGAAGAGAUAGCUCAACCUCCAGGUCACCACGAGGUAACAGGUCUACCCCUGGGUCAUGGCCAAGUUUAUUCUCCAGCAUCACAGAAUAUCCUAACUCAGUAUCCAACUGCCCCAGAAGAGGAUCAGUAUUCUCCAGUUGGUCAAGAGGUCCCAAACCAACUUGGAGAGUUUUCUGUGGAACCUUCUCCAAGUCAGCAGAAACUAUUUCCAGUGCUAAAGCCCACUGCAGCUCAGGCUUUAAAACCUCCUAGGGUGGGGAAUUUUUCUCUAAUCCAUAACAAGAUUCCACAUCACUCUCCAAAACCACUGAAAAAUAUGGUAACUGACAUUCCAGGACACAAAAUGACAGUUCCAAGACCAGAUCAGGAUCAAGGUGAGUAUAUAAUAUCAUCUAAUGGUUCAUUUCAGUCUUUGGACCUGGAAGUCACUGUAACUUCAGGAAUUACUCCAGAGACUAUGCAUAUGUUACCAACGAGAACUAUAAAUCCACAGAUUUAUUCUCAAGUGAAAAUCUCACAUCCACAGCAUGUAGAGACUCAGCAUCCAAACCCAGCUAAAACCACAGUUCAACCUUUGGAUCUGGAACUUGCCAUAAAUCUGCAAUCUACUCCUAAGGAGAACUUUGCUCAAACUUUGCAGGAGACCACAACUCAGUUGACAGGGCCACUUAAAGAGGUUACAGUGCAAGCUCCAGAACAUCAUGAGGGGACAAUUCCAAUACCAACUCAAGAUCAAGCUAACUAUCCACGUUCACCCACUGUCUCAUUUCAAUCCUUAGAUCUGGAACCCACCAUAACUCCAGAGGCUAAUGGAGAGCCUUAUCAUCCUACAGUUUCACAGCAGAUUAUAAUAGUUCAUCCUCCAAAGCACCCUCUGGUGAUAUAUUCAGAACAAGUUCACACUCAGCAUCCAAACCCUACUGAAGCCACAGCUCAACCUUUAAAUCUGGAACUUAUCCUAACUUCACAACCUACUGCUGAGGGAGAACUUCCUCAAACUCUACAAGACAGCACAUCUCAGAUAAUAAGAGAACCACUUAUAGAGGUUGUAGCUCUAGUCCCAAUCUAUCAGGAGGUGACAGUUCAAACGCCAAGUCAAGAUCAAGCUGAAUAUUUAACCUCAUCUACUGUCUCAUUUCAGCCAUUAGACCUGGAACUUUCCAUAACUCCGGAGUCUACCAGAGAGCCUCAUCUUCCUACAGUUCCACAGCAGACUAUAAUAGUUCAUCCUCCAAAAAACCCUCUGGUGAUACAUUCAGAACAAGUUCACACUCAGCAUCCAAACCCAACUGAAGCCACAGUUCAACCUUUGGAUCUGCAACCUACCAUAACUCCACAACCUACUGCUGAGGGAGAACUUCUUCAAACUCUACAAAACAGCACAGGUCAGAUCACGGAAUCACCUACAGCGGUUGCAAUUCCAGUCCCAGUCUAUCUGGAUAUGACAGUUCCAACACUAAGUCAGGAUCAAGCUGAAUAUUUAACCUCACCCACUGUCUCGUUUCAGCCCUUAGAUCUGGAAUCCACCAUUACUCCAGAGCCUACUAGAGAGGCUGAACAUUUUACAACUCCAAAGAACACUACUGCUUUUCCUCCAAAGUACACUCAUAUGACACUUCCACAAGAAGUUUCUGUUCAGCACCUAAAACCAACUGAAGGCAUAGUUCCACCUCUGAAUCUGGAACUUACCAUAACUCCACAACCUGCUACUGAGGGAGAACUUUCUCAAACUGUGCAGGAGAGCACAACUCAGAUUACAGAACCUCAUAAAGAGAUUAUAGUUCCAGUCCCUGUAUUUCAGGAGGUAACAGUUCCAACACCUAGUCAGGAUCAAGCUGAAUAUCAAACAUUUCAGCAUUUGAAUCUAGAACUCACUUCAGAGCCUACAAAAGAGGCUUACCGGUCUACAGUUUCAAAGACGACUAUAACAGUUAAUUUUCCAAAGCGCACUCAGCAUCCAAACCCAGCUGAAGCCACAGAUAAACCUUUGGAUCUGGAACUUACCAUAGGUUCCAGUUAUCAAUCUACUGCUGAGGGAGAACGUUUUCAAGAGACCACAACUCAGAUUUCAGAAACACCUAAACAGGUUGUAACUCCAGUCCCAGAAUAUCAAGAAGUGGCAGUUUCAGCACCUAUUCAGGAUCAAGCCAAGUAUCCACUUUUACCCACUGUCUCAUUUCAUCCCUUGGACCUGGAACUCACUAUAAGUUCAGAGCCUCCUAGAGAGGCUUACCCUACAACAACUCCAGACCAGACCAUGGUUCCUCCGCAAAAGUACCCUCUGGGGAUAUAUCCAGGGGAUGCUCACAUUCAGCAUUUAAAUCCAACUGAUAUCACCAUUCAGCCUUUGGAUCUGGAACUUACUGUACAUAGUCAACCUACAACUGAGGAGGAACAUUCUCAAAGCAUUCGGAAGAACACAACUCAAAUUACAGAACCAGUUAAAGAAGUUGAAGCUCUAGCUCCAGAAGGUGAAGAUGUGACGAUUCCAAUGCCAAUACUGGAACAAACUGAAUUUCCAACACCGAACAGUGUGUCAUUACAGUCUGUGGAUCAGGAACUCGCCAUACUUUCAGAUCUUCCUGGUUGGACUUACCACCCUCAAAAACUAAAGGAAAUUAAAAGACAUACACCAGGAAAGAUUUUCCUUCAUUAUGCAGAACCUCCCAUGGGAACGGUAGUUGAAACUCCAGAUCUGUUUUUCCUCAAAACUGCAAAAUCUAAACCUGUGCAGGAGACCUCAAUUUAUAUUACAAAAUCAUCUAAAGAGAUUGUAGCUCGAAGUCCAGAACAUAAGGAGGCUGUGCUUCCAGAUCCAGUUGAGGGUCAAGAGAAGUCUCUAAACCCACCCAAUAUGUCAUUAAAACUUUUGGAUCAGGAACGUAUCAUACCUUUUCUUCCUCGUGGACUGGCACAGGAGCCUCCAAAUCCAAAGGAGACUAAAAACCAUACACCAGGGAAGAUUUUCCUUCAUCAUGCAGAACAUCCCAUAGGAAUGGUGGCUGAACCUCCAGAUCUGUUUUUUCUCAAAUCUACAAAAUCCAAACCUACACAGAAGACGCCAACUCAGAUUAAAAAAUUACGUAAAAAGGUUGCAACUCACACUCUAAAAUAUAAAAAGGGGAUGCUUACAGCUCCAGUUGAGGGACAAGCUGAGUCAGUACCACCACCUAAUAUGUCAUUACAGCCUUUGGAUCAGGAACUCACUAUAUCUUCUCAACUUCCUGCUUGGACUCACAACUCUCCAAAUCCAAAGGAGAGUAGAAACCAUACACCAGCAAAGAUUUUCCUUCAUUAUGCAAAACCUCCCAUGGGAACGGUAGUUGAAACUCCAGAUCCGUUUUUUCUCAAAACUUCAGAAUCUAAACCUGUGCAGGAGACCCCAACUCAGAUUACAAAAUCACCUAAAGAGGUUGCAGCUCACACUCUAGAAUAUAAGGAGGGGGUUGUUCUGGCUCCAGUUGAGGGACAAGCUGAGUCAGUAGCCCUACCCAAUAUGUCAUUACAGGCUUUGGAUCAGGAGUUCACCAUAUCUCCUCAGCCUCCUGCUUGGACUCACCACCCUCCAAAUCCAAAGGAGACUAAAAAUCAUACACCAGGAAAGAUUUUUCUUCAUUAUGCAGAACCUCCCAUGGGAAUGGUAGUUGAACCUCCAGAUCUGUUUCUUCUCAAAACUACAAAAUAUAAUUCUGUGCAGAAAAACCCAACUCAAAUGACUAAAUCGCCUAAAGAGAUUCUUGCUCAAACUCCAGAAUAUAAGGAGUGGGUGCUUCCAGUUCCAGUUGAGGGUCAAGCUGAGUCUCCAACCCCACCCAAUAUGUCAUUACAGCUUUUGGAUCAGGAAGUCAUCAUACCUUCCCUUCUUUCUCCACCAGCUCGUGACACCCCAAAUCCCAAGGAAACUAAGACUCAUACACCAGGAAAGAUUUUUCCUCAUUAUGCAGAGCCACCCAUAAGAAUGUCAGUAGAACCUCCAGAUCUGUUUUUUCUCAGAUCUACAAAAUCUAAAUCUGUGCAGGAGACUCCAACUCAGAUUAUAAAUUCACCUAAAGAUGUUACAGCUCCCACUCGAGAAUAUAAAAAAGGGGUGCUUCCAGCUUCUGUUGAAGGUCAAGCUGAGUCUUCACUACUACCCCAUAUAUCAUUACAGCAUUUGGAUCAGGAACUUAUCAUACCUUCCCUUCCUCCUCCACAGGCUCACAACCCCUCAAAUCCAAAGGAGACUAAGAAAUAUACACCAGGGAAGGUUUUUCUUUAUUAUGCAGAUCCUCCCAUGGGAAUGGUAGUUGAACCUCCAGAUCUGUUUUUUCUCGAAACUACAAAUUCUAAACCUGUGCAGGAGACCCUAACUCAGAUUUCAGAAUCUCCUAAAGAGGUUGCAGCUCAAACUCUCAAAUAUAAAAAGGUGGUGCUUCCCGCUCCAGUUCAAGAACAAGAUGAGUCUGCCACAUCACCCAAAAUGUCAUUGCAGCCUUUGGAUCAGGAACUCACCGUAUCUUCUCAACCUCCUGCUUGGAAUCACAACCCUCUAAAUCCAAAGGAGAUUAAAAACUAUGCACCAGGAAAGAUUUCCCUUCAUUAUGCAGAACCUCCCAUGGGAACGGUAGUUGAACCUCCAGAUCUUUUUCUUCUCAAUACUUCAAAAUCUAAUCCUGGGCAGGAGAACCCAACUCAGAUUACAAAGUCACCUAAAGAGGUUGUAGGUCAAACUCUAGACUAUAAAGAGGGAGUGCUUUCAGGUCCAAUUGAGGGUCAAGAUGAGUCUCCAGCUCCUCCCAGUAUGUCAUUACAGCCUUUAGAUCAGGAACUCACCAUGUCUUCUCAGCCUCCUGGAUAUACUCACCACUCUCCAAAUGCAGCGAAGACUGAAAACCAUACACCAGAAAAUAAUUUUUUUCCUUAUGCAGAACCUCCCAUGGGAAUGGUAGUUCAACCUCCAGAUCUGUUUUUUCUCAAAAGUACAAAAUCUAAUCUUGUGCAGGAAACUCCAAGUCUGAUUACAAAAUCACCUAAAGAGGUUGCAGCUCACACUCUAGAAUAUAAGAAGAGGUUGCCUCCAGUCCCAGUUGAGGGUCAAGCGGAGUCUCCACCACCACCCAAUAUAUCAUUACAGCCUUUGGAUCAGGAACUCACCAUAUCUUCUCAACCUCCGGGUUGGACUCAUCACCCUCCAAAUCCAAAGGAGACUAAAAACUAUACACCAGGAAAGAUUUUUCUUCAUUAUGCAGAUACUCCCCUGGGAAUGAUAGUUGAACCUCCAGAUCUGUUUUUUCUCAAAACUACAACAUCUGAACCUGUGCAGGAGACUCCAUCUCAGAUCACAAAAUUGCCUAAAGAGAUUAUAGCGCAAACUUUAGAAUAUAAAGAGGGCUUGCUUCCAGUUCCAUUUGGGGGUGAAGAUGAUUCUACAACUCCACCCAAUGUUUCAUUACAGCCUUUGGAUCAGGAAAUCAUCAUAUCUUUUCCUUCUCUUGGACAGGCUCAGCAACCACCAAAUGUGAAGGAGAGUAAAGAACAUCAGCCCGAAGAGAUUCUCUUUCACAAUGCAGAACCUUCAAUGGGAACAGUAGUUGAUCUAGAUCUGUUUUUUCCUAAAACUAUGGAAUCUAAACCUGUGCAGGAGGCCCCAACUCAGAUUACCAAAUCACCUAAAGAGGGUGUAGUUCAAACUCUAGAAUAUAAAGAGCUAGUGGUUUCAUCUAUAAUUGAAGGUAAUGUUAAGUAUGUAACACCCAAUGUUUCAUAUCGACCUUUAGACCUAGGGCUCUCUGAAUCCUCUGGCUCCACUACCGAGGUUUAUCGUUCUACUACUUUGAAUGAGACUACAGUUCCUUCUUCAAUGCAUCUUCAAGUCCCAAUGCCACAUUUGCACUCAAAUUUUUCUGUAACUCAACAACCUAAUACAAUGGCUAAACAUUCUUCCAUAAUGGAGACUCCAGCUCAUCCUUCAGAGAUACCUGUGGAGACUGUAGCCCAAUCUGUAGAGUAUUAUCCAACAAUAGUUUUAACUUCAGUUUAUAUUGAAACUCAACAUUCAAAUUUAUCAGCUAUAGAAACGGCACAUUCUGAAGUUCCAACAACCACAGCUCCUUAUCCACAGGCUAUAUAUUCUGAAGUCCCAACAACUACAGGUCUUUAUUCAGAGGCUACACAUUUUGGAGUCUCAACAACUACAGCUGCUUCUCCAGAGAUUACACAUUCUAAAGCCCCAGAGACUACAGCUCUUACUCCGAAGUGGCCUGGUACAACAAGUCUAUCUCCAGAUCAGGUUGAGAAACAUUCAAGCCCUACAGUUCAAGUUUUGAAAAUGGAAUCUACCAUAACUCCAUAUUCUGAAAAUUCUAGUACAGAAAAUGAUUUAACUAUAGAAAAAAGUGCCUACAAUUACACCAAAAUAUGUGACUUCUGCGUGUGUGAAAAUGAGACACUGUUGUGUGUUCAUCUCAGCCCAAAAUGGAGACUCCAACAAGUGCCUGUGCCAAGGCCCAACACCUACAAUGACACUUUUGUUAUCUUAAAUUUCAAAGGAAAUGAUAUUUCUUUCAUUGACAAAAAUGUAUGGAAGGUAUACCGUUGGACUGAGAAAUUAAUUCUCAGCGAAAAUCACCUGACUGAAUUACAUAAGGAGUCAUUCGAAGGCCUGCUAUCCCUCCAGGUUUUGGAUUUAUCCUGCAAUAAAAUACGCUAUAUUGAAAGAGGGACAUUUGAACCAUUACCUUUUUUGAAGUAUAUGAACCUUGGGUGCAAUUUACUCACGGAACUGAGCUUUGGAACAUUUCAAGCAUGGCAUGGGAUGCAGUUUUUACAGCAGUUAAUUCUCAGCCGUAAUCCUCUCGCAGUUGUUGAAGAUCCCUACUUUUUUAAGUUGCCAGCGUUAAAAUAUCUGGACCUGGGGACCACACAGGUGCAACUGACAACGGUUGAGAGCAUCCUCAUAAAGACUCUGGAGCUGGAACAUCUGAUCUUACCUAGCCACAUGGCCUGCUGCCUCUGCAAAUUUAAAGCUGAUAUUGAGGUUAUCUGCAAGACAAUCAAACUGCAUUGUCAUACCGGAUGUCUGACAAACACCACACGUUGUCUUGAAGAAGCAUCUAUAAGGAACCCAGAAGGAGCAUUUAUGAAAGUGUUGCAGGGCCGGACGGGGAACACCAGCACUGAGCUCAUUAUUGAGCCAGAAAGGGGCAAUUCAGACAAGGAUUAUGCCAACUAUUCCAGUUCCAUGGAUGAAAACAUAGACCUUAAUGAUGAAAAUGAUAUUAUGAGUGCACUAAAUUACAUACUGCCAUAUUUCUCAGAGGGAAAUAUGGAAGACAUAAUAUCCUCAAUGUUACCGUUCAUUAAACUGCUGUUUUCUCAGGAACAAGAUGCAAGUAAUUCCUUGGGAUCUUUGCAGAAAGACCCAGAAAGGGUUCCUGUUACAAAUGAAUCUAAGACCAGUAAUGUGACUUACAAAAAUAAAUUGAAUAAACAUUAUUUUUUAGAAAAUUUGUUAGACACAGACACUGAUGAGGUUCAAAAGGAAAAGAAACCUGGGAGGCACAAUGCAAAAUCUAAAAAUGUAGGUCCCAAAUUUAAACGACAAAUAUUUGAAAAGAGAUGGGAACCUGCCCGGGCAGGGGAAGACAGUCUUGCAGAGAUCGAGAAGGCAGAGAGACAGCUCCACAGCAUGAGCAGGGUCCCCAAGGGGACAGGAAGCAUACAGAAAAGGCACUUCAAGGAUGUGAGUGGCAAGAGCCUGUGGAGCAAGCAGAGCGUCCAGACCCCUGUGGAGAGCAUCUCCAAGGACAGGCAGCUCGGGAGCCCACCCUCAAUGGAGCUGCAGCAGCUCGGCCUGGAGCAGAAGCCCAGGGAGUUAGUGGGCUAUUCCUUCCCCUCAGAGCCCUUGCUCCCAAAGGAGCACAGGGGAGAGCUCUCUUCUUCCCCAGAUCUGCCCCUGCUGGACAAGGCUCCCACUACAAACUCUCUACCUGACUUCAUAGACAGACGGAAAGACUUGUCUUACACCAUUUACGUUUUAGAAAGUGCAAAUGCUAAUGUGAAGAGAGCGAAGGGUUCUAACCCAAGUUUACAACCUGAAGCGAGGCAUCGGAACCUUAGGAAGAAAAAAUCUCAUUUCCAGUUGAUUGCAAAGAGGCCGGCAGCAUCCUCUGCAGUGAGGAGCCUGAUAAGUUCCCCUGCACGAGGGGUCUUUUCAUCUUUAGGAGACCUGAGGUACCCAGAAAGGCCCUUUUCAGAAUUAUAUGUUGCUCCAGAGCCUUCUACAAAAAAACCUCUUGAAGAAAAUCGGGCUGCAACAGAUAAUGUUGAAGAAAAUAUUCUUGAACAAAUUGUCACUAUGCCUGAAGAAACUACAUCAAAAAAUAAAUCCGCUAAGAAUCCUGCUGCAGAUUCUGAUAUACCUAUACCCAAUAUACCAGGCUUAAUUCCACCUGUUCUGCAAACCACCAAGCCACCGUUACACUUCAUUUUUGGGUCUGACUCACCCAACAACUUGGAAGAAUUUGCUUACCCAUCGCUGAUGACACCAGGAGAACAGUUUGAAUCUCAUCUCAACCAGCAGCUGCGGGUGCUCAUCCCCAACAACGAUGUGAGAAGGCUCAUCUCUCACGUUAUCAGGACUUUGAAGAUGGACUGCUCUGACAGUCAAGUGCAACUGUCCUGUGCCAAGCUCAUCUCCAGAACAGGCCUCCUGAUGAAGCUCCUCAGCGAGCAGCAAGAUUUCAAGCUGUCCAGGGCCGACUGGGAUACAGACCAGUGGAAAACUGAGAACUACAUCAACGAAAAUACAGAAACCCAAAGCAAACUGAAGAGUCUGGGACGAAGUCAGUUUGGAAAAGAAGUCUCAGAGUUCAGCUACAAUAACAAAGUCACCUUGGCGAUAUCUGUGACCGUCGUAGUGAUAGUUUUGAUUAUCAUUUUCUGUCUCAUUGAGAUUUGUUCCCACAGAACAAAAAAGGGAGACAAAGAAAAGCACAAAUGGAGAAAGAAAUACAAGGAAAGAAAGAAUAAGGAAAAAUAUAUCUGGAUAAGGUUGCCACCUCGGCUUAGAAAUAUACUCAAACUCGACAAGAAAUGUGGGCAUGAUUUACGGGCCAAUACUCAGGAUAAAUUAUGGCAAGUCAAGAAAAGAUCCUCGGUGAAAUCGUCCGCAGAAUCGAGUGAAGUAGCCGAAACCCCACGGUGAUCUGCUAUCAUUUAUUAAUAAAUUAUUUUUUGUA